AAAUUAUCUUCUUUUUUGUUCUGAUUUAUCUUUUUGGCAGAAUCUGAUAAUACUAGUAGUACGACGGCGAUGUCGUCUCAACAAUACCCUGUCCGGAGAACUGCCGGGGAGAACUUAUUGUACUCCGAUGGCGAGAAGUCCGAUUACGAAUGGCUGGUCACGCCACCAGGCUCACCGAGUAGAAACGUAACGAACCACCUCAACGCACCCGAUGAUAACCUGAUGACUCUUAUAUCUCGGUUAGAGAACUAUAGCAAAGAAGAGUCCGAGCACCAAACGACGUCGUUACACAGUUCCUCCUCUGUUUCUGGAAUCAGAAGACCAUCGUCCUCUAGUAGCUCAAGAUCAACGAGUAGACCUCCCACGCCAACCAGAAAGUCUAAAACUCCAGCCAAAAGGCCAUCAACGCCGACCUCACGUGCCACCUCAACAACUACACGUGCGACAUUAACCUCGUCCUCUACUACUAGCUCAACAAGAUCAUGGAGCAGACCUUCCUCUAGCUCCGGAACUGGAACCUCACGUGUUACCUUAACCGCUGCACGUGCAACCAGGCCCACCACCUCAACAGACCAACAAACUACCGGUUCAGCCACCUCUACUCGAUCCAAUAACAGGCCGAUGUCGGCUCCUAAUUCAAAACCGGGAUCGAGGUCAAGUACUCCAACUCGCCGUCCAUCAACUCCGAACGGUUCAUCGACUGUACUGAGAAGUAAACCAACUAAGCCUUUGAGUAAACCGGCUCUGUCUUUAGAAGCUUCUCCGAUCGUGAGAUCAAGGCCAUGGGAACCUUACGAGAUGCCUGGAUUCUCAGUAGAAGCGCCAUCGAAUCUCAGAACUACGUUACCAGAUAGGCCACAAACCGCUUCAAGUAGCAGAACCAGAGCCUUUGAUGCGUCAAGUAGUUCAAGAUCAGCGUCCACAGAACGCGAUGUUGCAAAGAGGCAAUCGUGUUCGCCUUCUAGAAGCCGAGCUCCUAAUGGAAACGUAAAUGGUGCUGUUCCUUCGUUACGUGGACAACGAGCAAAGACUAACAACGAUGAUGGUAGAUUGAUAAGUCAUGCGGCUAAGGGGAAUCAAAAGGUCGAGAAAGUUGUGAAUAUGAGAAAACUUGCUACACCGCGACUGACAGAAAGCGGCAGUCGACGACUUGGUGGAGGUGGCGGAGACUCCUCCGCUGGGAAGUCGAGCUCUGGAUCUGGUGGUUUUGGGUUUGGUAGAAACCUAUCUAAAAGCUCCAUCGACAUGGCCUUGAGACACAUGGUACGGUAACAAAUGAAAUGAUAUUAAAGGUCAUCAACCAUGAAUUUCAACGACUUUCAACUUUGGAGUACUUUUGUUUAUGUGUUAAUAGGAUGUUAGAAAAGGAAGCAUGGCGGGGAAUUUCCGACAUUCAGUGACGAAAGCACCGGCGACUUCGGUGUACAGUGUGAGAUCAUGUCGAAACCGGCCGGUGAGCAGCAGCCGAAGCUCGGAAUCAAGUGUCAACAUUUUGUGCUUAGACGGUAGCGACGAUAAUCUCAGCGACAUGAGUUGCUCUUAAGAGUUACAACUUACAACAAGUAACUAUAACUUUAAGCGACAUAAGUUGAGAUACAUAUUUAAAUACUCUCAUGAAGGUUCUCAACUAUUAGAAUGGCCAUGAAUUUUGAUUUACAUGUUAAUUUUGGACCGAAGAGGCAAUUGUUUUCCGACUUGCAAUAAACAUCUGUCUCUUAGAAUCUUGAUAAUAAUAGGGUUAAGUUGCAAAGUAGUCACUUAUUUAAACUUAAUUAUGGAAUUGGGCAAGUUACUAUUUAUAAUUGGA